AUGAGUGGUCGAGAAAAUAAAAAUAAAAUGAAUUAUUUAUUAAUAUUGCUUUAUAUAUAUUAAAGUACAAUAUUAUCAUUAUUUACAAUCAUAAUCCCAAUUUUAUUGGCGGAGAAGGGAUAUACAUUUGAAUAAUAAGGUAUGUAUUCAUUGAUCAGCUAUCCAUUUUAUUUUAAGUUUUUGUUUGCACCAAUAAUUGAUUUGUAUCAAUUUUAAUUCCUGGGCAAAAGAAAGAGUUAUAUUUUACCAAUAAACUUGAUAUUGUCGGUAAUUCUUUUGUAUCUGUCCAGAAUGGACAUUUUAACAAAUUACCACAUUUUAUGGAUUUUCGGAUUUAUUUUGUGUUUGUUUUUGGGAAUUCAAGAUAUCGCAAUAGACGGUCUUGCGACUGACUUAUGUAAGCAGGAGGGAGAGAGUGCUGCAUUACUUUAGAAUAUUGGAUUUACAAUAGGAAAUUCGUUUCUUGGAAAUUUCCUAUUUAUUGCCUUGUAUUCCAAUCAGAUUUGCUCAUUGGAGACCUUCUUCAUGCUACUAUCAAUAGUGGGUUUGAUAUUGACUAUUUUCUUGUAUGUAAAAUUGCUUGAGAAGGAGGAGCAAGAAAAGAGGGCAACCACUUUUCAAGACUUGUUGAGUGUGUUUAAAUCAUUUUUUAAAAAUGAAAAUAUGAUCACAUAUUCAUUAUUGAUCUUCUUUGAAAGGACUGCAUUGUCCUCCCUAGAUGCAACCUUCCGAUUGAAGUUGGUCUAAUUCAACAUCAACAAAACCUACAUUUCCUUCAUCGACACAAUAAUAUUGCCAUUGAAAAUAGCAACGGGAUUGAUUUAUCACCAAUACUUCUACAAAUUCGAUUUCAAAUAUUACGGGAACAUUCAAUAUUUGAGAUUGAUUUCUACGUUCUUUGCGAUCCUGACCCUAUUGUUGAUUGAUAAAUUCGAAUUGGAGGGACCAUUUAGUUACAUUGCCAUAUUCUUUUCGAACAUGUGUUGGUGGGUUCUGUUCAACAUCACAUACAUCGUUAGAGGUAACUUCUAAAUGAAAAUAACUACUCCUGGAGUGGAAGCCACAACUCUGACGAUCCUUAAUAGCAUCAGUCAAUUGGGAGUCAAGUUGGCAUUCUCAGUAAACUUGAUUAUGGCCAAUUACGUAAAUUACUAUUGGUUGUUGUGUGCUGGAUGGAUCAUCCAUUUACUCUAUUGUUUUAGAUACUCAGAAACCUACAGAAAUUUGUACAUGUAGCCCAUUCAAAAGUGGUAUUUAAAUAAAUAAAUAAAAUAAAUUUGA